AUGAGAGCUAAACACGCGACUCCUAAGAAACCGGCACAGAUUUUGUUCUCAAAGAACAAGUACAAACCUCCUGUAAAGAUCGAGAAUUGGGAUUAUGAGGUGCUGGCGGAGAAGAAGGACAACUACGUAUACAGGGACCAACUCAGCCAUAUGGUGAGCACGUACGACCGGCUGGGCACCGCCGACCAUGGCACCAGCAUGACGGAGACCCGCCACAUGCUCGCGCAAGUCUUCACUAAAACUGACCCCGUCUACUCCUUCAAACCACUUGUCAACUUCACGUCGUAUCCCUGCACUGAUACUCCAGGGAGAAAUAAAUUGAUGAAGAACGCUGACCUGGCUCAACUGCCUGCCGAUUUUGGUGUAAUGGAUUACCUUACAACCCAUCAGGAUGAUUACAGAAAUCCUUACCCGUCUGUGGCUAAGCCGUUAAUGAUGGCGUCCCCGCCGUGGCUGUUGAACCGCAUCAUUCGCUCGGACUUGACGCAGAACUACGGCACAGCGCCUCCGCGCGGCAACUACCAGUGCCUCGACACCCACACGCCCAUCGGACACAUCCGCCAGCUGAGGCUCUUCCGGUACCAGUCCUUCGACCCUGGCACCAACAUCCGAGACUUCCCUACCCUCAAAAAACCCCUAGAUGUCAGUCAAAACCAAUCAGUUUAAUUCAAACAUUUUUAUUAGAUAAUACACAAAAAAGGAAAUACGACAACUAAAUAGAAAAAAUAACGAAAUUCAAAAAAAUGCCAAUACAUUUAACAUAACAAAACAUAAAUAACUUGCAAUAAUGCAGAAAAUUAACUGGUAUUAUGUUCUUUAAUAUUUUUCAAUCAGUUGUACCCACUUACUAUACAAAACUUAGUUCGAAUUUGUUAAAUUAUGAAAUGCUAUAACAUCAACAGGACUGUUGAGGCUGUUUGUAUUGGGCUGUCACUGUUUUGUAUUAGUUAAUAUCAUUAACAACAAAAUAGAAUUUCCUGAUUUAUCUAGGUACUUAGUUAUUAGCAAUUUGUUUUUUGAAAAUACAUGUUUGUCAGAAGAUGAUAAAAGUU